UCCAGCUUCAUAGUUACUUUCACUGCUUGUUUUGUGUUUCCUUUUCUACGGAAAAAUGCCUUUAAAGUUCGAGCUGUGUCCCGGCAGGAUGAUCGGAGGAAACCACCCGUGUUUUAUCAUAGCUGAAAUCGGGCAAAACCACCAGGGAGACAUUGAAAUCACCAAGAAGAUGAUCAAAAUGGCAAAGGACUGUGGUGCUGAUUGUGCCAAAUUCCAGAAGUAUAAAUUCAACAAGAAAGCCUUGGAGCGCCCGUACACCUCUCGUAACUCCUGGGGAAAAACUUACGGUGAACACAAGCGCCAUCUGGAGUUCAGCCAUGAGCAGUACAGGGAGCUGCAGAAAUAUGCUGAGGAGGUUGGGAUCUUCUUCACCGCCUCCGGGAUGGAUGAGAUGGCGGUGGAGUUCCUCCAUGAGCUCAAUGUGCCUUUCUUUAAAGUUGGCUCAGGAGACACCAACAACUUCCCCUACCUGGAGAAGACAGCCAAGAAAGGACAUCCCAUGAUUGUGUCCAGUGGGAUGCAGAGCAUGGAGACGAUGCGUCGGGUCUACAAAACAGUAAAGGAGCACAACCCAAACUUUGCCAUCCUGCAGUGCACCAGCGCCUACCCUCUGGAAGCAGAAGAUGUCAACCUCAGAGUGAUAACGGAAUACCAGAAGGAAUUUCCAGAUAUUCCCAUCGGGUAUUCCGGCCAUGAGUCUGGGAUCAGUAUUUCAGUUGGCGCUGUAGCUCUGGGGGCAAAGAUUGUUGAGCGCCACGUAACCUUGGACAAGACCUGGAAAGGAAGCGACCACGAAGCCUCGCUGUUGCCCGAAGAGCUAACUGAGCUGGUUCGUUCCAUCCGGCUGGUGGAGAGGGCGCUCGGGAGCGGCGUCAAGCAGAUGUUGCCUUGUGAGAAGCCCUGCCAUGAUAAGCUGGGUAAAACAGUGGUGGCUCAGGUUAAGAUCCCCAGAGGGACUGUCCUGACUCAGGACAUGUUGACAGUGAAGGUGGCCGAGCCCAUGGGCGUCGCGGCUGAGGACAUCUUCCAGCUGGUCGGUAAGACCAUGAUGGAGGAUGUAGAGGAGGACGAGAGCAUCUCGCCAGACACGGUGUCUGAUUACUGCAAGAAGAAGAAGUGCUGA